UACAGACCAGAGACAAAGUAAGAGAAGAAUAGAGAUUGUUGACCCAGACAGAGAAGAAAGCUGCUGUCUAAGGGGAUGUCCCCACAAAGAUGCCACCUAUCCUUCAAGCAAGGGUUAAUAGUGUCACCACCGUAGUGGAAAACAAGAAGCCUCAGCCGGUAGUGAUUGCACAGGAUCCCAUUGAGCUGGUCGUCUUCCUGUCUGCCUUGUGUGGUAAGAUGGGGGCUCCCUACUGCAUCAUCAAGGGGAAGGCCAGGCGGGGGCGUCUGGUCCACAGAAAGACCUGCACCACUGUCACCCUCACCCAGGUAAACUUGGAAGCCAGGAGAGCACUGGCUAAGCAGGUGGAAGCUAGCAGGACCAAUGAUGACAAUAGGUACGUUGAGAUCCACUGUCACUGGGGAGGCAACACCCAAGUUCAGAGCGGGUGGGUCACACUGCCAAGAUGGAAAAGGCAAAGAACUGUCCACCAAACUGGGCUAAGGGCACACUGUUGGGUUUUUGCGCCACCACCUUCCCAGGCAGGAGGCUCAUGGCUCCAUGUCCAUCCCUGGCAUGCGGGGCUCUCGGGUCACAAGAGCGUGACAGCCUCACUGCAGCAGCCAGUCUCCCCAGUGGUGGUGGAGAGAGACUGGGAGGUGGGGGGAGGCCCCAGCCCUGGGGACUGCGGGCAACUGGAGAGCCUGUGGGGAGCGACCACACUGUCCUCGCCAUGCUCUGUCCUGCGCUCCAUCCCCUGCCAGUGUGCUCCCCACAUGCCCUGUGCACCUCUUAAAUUAAUGCUUUAG